AUGAAUGUAAAUAUGUAUACAUUUUUGAAUGAUAGUCUUUUCAAAGAUUAUUGUGAUAAUAAAAAAUGUGUGACUGAUCUCGAUAAAAUUCAUGCUGUAUGUUUAUUUCUCUUUGAUAAUUUUUUUGGGGGGGUUGAUUCGUUCACGGUUAAUGCAAAAAGUAAUAUCAAUAUUGUUGAUUACAUUAUCAUAUGGUUAAGUUAUAUGUUAAGUUUAAAUAAAAAUAUGAAUUAUAAGAAUAUAUAUGAUUUUUAUGAAAAGAAUAUAAAGAAUAAUAAUAAGUAUACUGCGAGAAUAAGCGGUGUAAAUGAUUAUAACAGUUAUAAUGAUCUUAUAGAUAAAAAAAAGGAUUUGUUGAAUAUUAAUUUUGAAGAUAUGUCUAAAUUUUAUGAUGCAUUUAAUAAAUUGUGUACCAUUUAUGGUGGACUUGAUAUAAACUACUCAAAUUGCGAUAAUUGUUUAAAAAAAUCUAAAGAAUUUGCUAAAAAAUAUGAUGAUCUUAAUGAAAAUUAUAAUAAUACUAAAGACAGUCCAUAUGUUCAAUUAUUAUCUACAUUAUCAAAUGAUUAUGAUAAUUUUAAAAAUAUAUAUAAAAAUGCCAAAUCUAUAAAUUUUCCAAUCCUUCCAACAUAUUCACGAAGAUCAGUAAUAAAAAAAACAUUAAUGUCAAUUGGAUUUGUAUUUGUUGCAGCAUCAAUUUUAUUGGGAGUUUCUUAUAAGUAUUCAUUAUUUGGAUUUCGGAAACGAUCUAAAAAACAUUUAAGAGAAAAGCUAAAAAAAUAA